AUGAGAGAAAAAGAAGUUGAGACAAGGGAAAAUGACUUUUUGCACAUGGAAGAUGAGCUGAAUGAUCUUCGUAGUAGCUUCUCGAAGAAUGAAUGUCAGCUAAAGAUCUACAAAUUAGAAAUAAAAGAUUUGAGCAGCGCCCUUGUGGAGAAGGAGAGAGAAAUAUUGGACUUAAAAAACACGUACGAUGGAGAAAUUGGCUUAUUAAAGGAUCAGAUAAAAGAAAAGGAAAAAGAAAUAGCCAAAUGUAGUUCCUCCAGUGGUGACAUGGAUGCACAAGAUGCGCCAUCCAGCCAAGUUGAAAAUACAGAAAAGGUGGACACGGAAGAGGAGUGUAAGGAGAACAACCUGUCAGAUUUGCUCAAAAUUAAGGAAAGAGAGCUGCACGAAAUGCAAGAAAAAUACGCAAAGGAAAUAGACACACUAAAUAGCCAGCUGAAUGAAAAAAGGAAAGAAUUUGUGGAGAUAAAAAAUAGCCAUAUGAACGAAAUAAACAACCUGAAUGAUGAAAUUGAGGAGAGCGAAAGCAAAAUGGCAGAACUGAAAAGUGGCUACGAAAUGGAGAUAAACAAACUGCGAGUCGAAAUGAAUGCAGUGCACGAGGAGAAGUAUCUCUUGAGCAACGAAAAACAAACACUCAGUGGAGAGAUAGACAAGCUGAAUGGAGAGAAGGAAUCCUUGGCCAGCGAAAAGGAGGAGCUAAAUAACAAAAUAAUCACGUUGAACAGCGAAAUUGCAACGUUAAAUAUGGAGAAACAGGGACUGAGUGGAGAAAUAAACACACUGAACGAUCUGAUUCACACCCUGAAGAAUGAAAUAAGCUCGUCAGAUAACUUGAUUAACAAACUGAAAGAGGAAAUGAACGCGAUCAACGAAGAAAAGGAAGGAAAGGAAAAACUCAUCACAGAGAUCGAAAAUAAUUACAAAAAUGAAAUAAACGUGUUGAAGGAAAAAUUAAAAGAUACAGACAAUCAAGUGAGCAUAAGUAUGAGAGAAGAGCUGGAUCACCUGAAAUGCGCUCUUGGAGAAAAGGAAAAGGAACAAAAACAAAUGAAGGAAGACUACGACAAAAAGAUAAAACAGUAUGAUGAAGAAUUAGAAUCGAAGCAGCAAUAUUUUGAAAAAGAAUUAAAUAACAUACGCAUCCAAUCGCACGAAAAGGAACAAAUUUUAAUUUUAAAAAAUGACGAAUUGAAGGAGUUGAAGUUAAAGACAGAGGAAAAAUAUCUCAAGCUUUAUGAUGACAAAAUGAAUCUCCUCAGGAAUAUCUGCUCCAAAGUUAGGCUCCCAUAUAGCGAUGAAGUUCGGGUGGAUGAGCUUCUCGAAAGGUUGGGCGACUACAUAAGUGAGAUGAGUGAACGGGCGGGCGCAAUGGACAGGAGGGAUCAAAAUGAGGAGCAGCAUAAUGAAGGACAGCCCAUUGGGGAGGAGAAGAAUGAAUCUGUUAUGAGCGCCCAACCGGUCGAUAAGGAUAAUAGCCCUGCUGACAAGACAGCCCUAGAGGCGCUACAGAAAGAACUAGAAAGUGUGCAAGAAGAGCACAGAGAAGAGGUAGCCAAAAUGAAGAGCGAUUUGGCGAUGAAGGAAAAAACGAUAGAGGAGUCGAACAACACAAUCGCCGAGUUGACCGGCAAGAUAGACAGCCUGAGUGAUACCAUUUCGCUUUAUAAGGAAAACAAUUCCGAGGCGAAAAUUAAUUUCUACAUGGACGAAAUUAACAGCUUAAAUUUGACGCUUAGCGAGUUGAAGGUUAAGAAUGAACAGGAGCAGUUGGAGAAGCGAAACGAAAUUGCGAAGCUGUCGGAAGAGCUGAGCGAGUAUAAGCGACGUGUCGACGAGCAAUGUAGAAAGAGUAUCAGUGAGAAGGAGAGAAGCGAGUCGAAGAGAGGAGACGCAAGAGGUGACUCCGACAAGGAACAAAUCUCCGAGUCGGAUGUGGAAGGGGGGGGCAAUUUAAAAUCAUUUUUACACUUUCCCCUUCGCAAAAUAAAAGGGAAAAAAAGAAAGGUCUCUAAAACUGAGAAGGAAAUACAAACGGAGCUCAGGCGAAACGAGCCAGAGAAUGAUCCGAGUGAUAAAAAUGAGAAGGCACUUAGAAAUGACAACCAGGAUGUGGACAAAUACAAAAAGGAACUGGAGGAAAAGGCGAAGAUAAUUGAGGACUUGAAAGACAAAAUAUGCGUCCUGACGAACGAGGUUAUGGAUUUGAAAAAUGAGAAGAACGAAUUGGCUGAGCGGAACAGCAGCUUGGAGAAGGUGGGUGAGGAGGCGGAAAAGCAAAGAGAGAAGUUGGACACACUGAGCGCCAAACUGGGGGAUGCAAAUGAAGAGAUCGCGAAGCUGAAGAAGGGAGAGGCACAAUUGAGGGAGGCUGCCGAGAAGUGGGAAGGGGAAGCAGAGAUGAGGAAAGAGGAAGUAGCGAAGUGGGAAGCGGAUGCAGCGAAGUGGGAAGGGGAAGCAGAGAUGAGGAAAGAGGAAGUAGCGAAGUGGGAAGCGGACGCAGCGAAGUGGAGGGAAGAAGCGGAGGAACUGAGAAGCAGCGCGAAUCAAAUGAACGAAGAAUUCUACUCGAAAGAAAAUAACUACAUGUUGAAGUUGAACGAAAAUAUAGGAGUUAUACAAAAACUGAAGGACUCAAUUGAUGCACAUGAAAAGGAGAAGGAAAAUUACGUUAGCGAGAUAAAAGACUUGAGAAACCAAUUCGAAGUCUUAAAAUUGAAGCAUGAUGCAUUGAGCAAAGAUUACGAUGCGUUAAGUGGGACGUAUAAAGAAUUGGAGGGGAAGAAGAGCCCCCCCAAUGGCGAUGACCACACCCGUGAUGGAGAAAAUAAAUUAAGCAUUCUAAAUGAAAAUUGCGAAAUGGACCAAGCGGAGGAGGUGAAUGACAACCCAGGUGUUCCCAAGAGCGAAAUUGCAACGAAGAGGGACGAUUCAGCAUUGGUAGUGAACGAGUACAUAAACGAAAUAGCACACCUGAAGGAAGAAAUAAACAGACUAAGCCUACUGUAUAGCAACGAACUGAACGAAAAAAACAGCUCUGACAUAAGGAUCAAAGGGCUGCUGAACCAGUUGAAAGAACUCGAAGUGAGAGAUAAAGAAAAUGAGGAAAAGAUUGCUGCACUAACCAAAAUGAAUGAAAAAAUGAAAACGAAAAAUGAAAAAUUGAAAUCGGGAAAGUGGUUAUCUAGGAAGGAUCGCGUACCGAAUGAACAGGCGAGUGUCGCAGAGGAGGAGGGGGAGAAGGUGUUUCCCCCGGAUGUGAAAGAGAAGAAGAAUUUGGAGUCAGAACAUGUUAACACAUUGGAAGAAAACGAGUACCGCGUGAUGAGAAUAAUUGAUGAAAGUAACUCCGAGGGAGGAGGCCAAAUAAUUGGGUCCUACUUGUACUCCAGAAAGGUGGAAAAUUUACAUGCAAUAAAUGGAGUAAAAAAGGCAGAUGCACCGGUGGAUCAGAAAAACGCAAUCACAGUUGUGUGUUUAAUUCUAAGCGAAAUGUUAAGCCUCCUAUUUUUAAACGAUCAAUUUGUUAAGAACUUUGAACAGAUAAACAAGAAUCUGUGGAAGCUUAUCUACAUCCCUGAAGAGAUUAAAGCUCUACUUCUGAAAUAUUUUUGCUUUAUGAAUAAGCUAAGGAAUUAUGCUAAAAAGGUACACGGAAAAGUGGACAACCAGAGGCAGGACGAUGAGCAGAGGCACCACGAUGGCCAGAGGCACCACGAUAACCAAAGGAACGACGAUAACCAAAGGUACGAUGAUUCGUGGUUCCUUUUUCAAAACUAUUUGGAGUCUUCAAGUAGUAUCAAAAGAGAUAUGGUGCACUUCAUUUUGGAAGAAAAGGAAAAUGAACUAGCCGAGCUGGGUGAGCAUUCUGGUGGUGGAGUAAGCAGAGGAAAAAUCUCAGACAUACUAAACUUUUCAAAGGACGAAAUGAGAUUGAAGACCAUAGCACAGUUAAGAAGAGACCUAAAUUUUGAAAAAAAAUCCAAAAUAUUGCUAAGUAGGGAUUAUCAACUGUUACUUUAUAAGUACCAAGAAUGCGUGAGGAAACUAAAGAGAGUAAAAAAUAUGAUAAGGCAGCUAAAUUUGAACGACUCUUCAAAUAGGGGCAGUUUUGCCUUAAACAAGGAACUAGACAAAUAUUCCGAUAUGAGUGAUGAAAAAUGUUUUAACUUGGAAGGGGAUGAUGACGUUUCGCACGGAAAUUAUAAAAACUGUAUCCUGUAUGAUAAUGAUAAUAAUAAUAAUAAUAAUGAUGAUAAUAAUAAUAAUAAUAAUAAUAACACAAAAUUGGGGAGUCGAGAAAAUGUUUUAAUUAAUGAGAUAAUUAAUUUGAGGAAGGCGCAAAAUGUGAGGAGAAAUAAUUUGACCAAUUGGAGUCGUCACAGCAUGGGGGGCAGGUGUCACGAAGACGCUUCGCAUGCAGUAAGGGCAAUGGUAAGUGGUCCCAAAAUAACUAGCCAGAAUAACUUCACACACACGAACAGGUUGAGCAAUGCGCCAAAAAUUAGUGCCCACUUGGAUGACAUGAAAAAAAUGAAAAAUAUUUUUAACGAAUUUGUUGAGUGUAGAGGGGACAUAACGUUUGUGCACAGGAGUCCCUUCUGCUAA